CACUCUCUCUUUCUCUCUCUCACUUUUAAACAUACCACAGAACAGAGGAGAAGAAAACAGAGAGAUCUAUUUCAAAAACAGAGAAGGAAAGAGGAAAACAGAGUAAGAUGGGAAUAGUGAUGGUCAUGGUGGGUCUUCUCUUUACCCUCGUCGUGCUCUGUUCUGCUCUUCUCCGAUGGAACCAAAUGCGAUACACCAAGAACAAUCUCCCUCCUGGAACCAUGGGGUGGCCAAUCUUUGGCGAAACAACCGAGUUCCUCAAACAAGGCCCUAAUUUCAUGAGAAACCAAAGACUCCGAUAUGGGAGUUUCUUCAAAUCUCAUCUUCUGGGUUGUCCAACUUUAGUCUCGAUGGACUCAGAGAUCAACAGAUACAUUCUAAAGAACGAGUCGAAAGGUUUGGUUCCUGGUUAUCCACAAUCGAUGCUUGACAUUCUUGGGACUUGCAACAUGGCUGCGGUUCAUGGUUCGAGCCACCGACUUAUGAGAGGCUCGCUUCUUUCACUCAUAAGCUCAACCAUGAUGAAAAAUCACAUCUUGCCUAAAGUUGAUCACUUCAUGAGAGGCUAUCUUGGUCAGUGGAAUGAGCUUGAGAAUAUUGAUAUCCAGGAUAAGACCAAACAUAUGGCAUUUUUAUCUUCCUUGACUCAAAUCGCUGGGGAUUUAAGAAAACCACUCGUUGAAGAAUUCAACAAUGCAUUCUUCAAGCUUGUUGUUGGAACUCUAUCGGUCCCGAUCGAUCUCCCUGGCACAAAUUAUCGCUGCGGAAUCCAAGCAAGAAAGAACAUUGACAGGUUGCUUAGAGACCUGAUGCAAGAACGUAGAGAUUCUGGAGAAACAUUUACAGACAUGUUAGGUUACUUGAUGAAGAAGGAAGACAACCGAUAUCCAUUAACCGAUGAAGAGAUACGAGAUCAAGUCGUGACGAUCUUGUAUUCGGGUUAUGAAACUGUCUCUACGACUUCAAUGAUGGCUCUUAAGUAUCUACAUGAUCACCCAAAAGCUCUUCAAGAACUGAGAAGAGAACAUUUGGCUAUGAGGGAAAGAAAACGACCAGACGAAUCACUCGAUCUGGAGGAUGUGAAGUCAAUGAAGUUCACUCGAGCUGUGAUUUUUGAGACAUCAAGAUUGGCAACGAUCGUCAAUGGGGUCCUGAGGAAAACUACUCGUGACAUGGAAAUCAACGGUUAUUUAAUCCCAAAAGGAUGGAGAAUUUAUGUAUAUACGAGGGAAAUAAAUUACGACGUAAAUCUUUACAAGGACCCAUUGAUCUUUAAUCCAUGGAGAUGGAUGGAUAAGAGCUUGGAGUCACAAAACUCAUGCUUUGUAUUUGGAGGUGGGACAAGGCUUUGCCCUGGCAAGGAGCUAGGGAUUGUUGAGAUCUCGAGCUUCCUCCAUUACUUUGUUACCAGAUACAGAUGGGAGGAAUUGGGUGGGGAGAAAUUAAUGGUGUUUCCAAGAGUUUUUGCACCAAAAGGCUUCCAUAUUAAGAUAUCACCUUACUAACUAAAAAAAUAAUAAUCCUAGAGACUAAUAUAAAUGGGGAAUAUAAAUGUAUAGAGAGUAUAGAAGAAGCAUAUAUGAAGAGACAAGAUAAGAAGAAAUUUAUGAUUUUUUUUCCCUAAUAUAAUGACCCAUAUUUUGUUCUCAUUUAUGUUUUUUUCUGGUCAUAUGUACAUAACUAUGAGCAGCUUAAUUUUCUUAAUUAUAUUCCUAUUUCUCUAUUUGUAAUC